AUGGAGCCGCGAAAAGUCACCUGCGAGGAUGUGAAUAAGCUCCUCGCCAUGUGCUCCAUAACGCAGGAGACGGUCAUCACGUCGCUCCAGCAGUGCUCCUCGAGCCUUUUUGUCCUGCUCUACCAGCGGCUCUACAGCUGCACCAUCGAAGGCAUUGAAAGCUCCCCCUACACGCUACAGCAGAAACAGCGGAACGUCACACGCGUACUGAAUGAGCUGCGCGACAAACGUGGCAUUGAUGUUGCAGGCAUUGACGCGGAGCAGAUCAUCCAAUUCAAUGAAGAGCACAUUAGUCGACUCAUCACGCUCUUCUUGGGUAUUGCACACAAUAUGCGCAAGAAGAAAGACGCAGAGGAUGCGGCAGCCGCUCCAGUUGGCGCUAAAAGGUCACCGUCGACGCGAGACGCAUUUCCCGCAGCACCAGCACGGCCCGUCUUGGCCGAGUUGCCGAAUAAAUCCGUGGAGGAUGGGACCUGGUAUGCGCCAGUAAGGACCAUCGACGAAGGGAUGCAAAUGUUGCACCUUGGUGGCGUGUCACCAGCCCCAUUCCCUCAGGAGCAUGUGAAGGGCGCAGUCUUGCACCCUGGCGGGGGACGCGUGGGUCAACUCCCGGCGUCCUUCGGGCCCCCGCAUCACACACGCCACAGUCAUUCUCGUCACGUCCGGGAAAUGGACGAGAGGGUGGGCGCGGGGAACGUUGCCGUCAUCCCUGCAGGCGAAGCAGAGGACGAGGUCGGCGAUGACGAGGAUGACGUUGGGGACGCCUUGGUCAUGGGGCACGCCGCGAAGGAGGAACACGAGUACGGCGGAAGCGCGGGCAGCUACGGCAAUGGGGAGGACGAGGAGGAAAUACCCACCAAGCAGUUGGUGAAUGCGUGGAGCGCCGAGGUGAUCCCGCCCACGCGUUGCAAUCGCGCGAUGAAUUCCGCAGACGUCGCGGAUCUGCGGGGGCGGUUGAGCCUCAUGGAGGAGCGACUGACAAAUGAGGCCCUCCAACGCGAGCGGCGUCGGCGGGCCGCAGCACAGUCUCAGGUCGAGAGCGGCCACGUUGGCGUCGGCGAGCUUGCGGCAACGGGGAUCAAGCAAGUCAAGAGGCGGGCGAGACCGAAGUUGGUGCUGCCGCGUAGCCUCGUUCCUGAUGCCGUCUCCGUGGAGGAUUUGCUCCGCCAUGAGCCGAAGCGCAUGAUAGAUUACACGCUGCGGAAUGAAAAGAUCGAAAUGCUGCGCUCCAUUCGUCUUAUUGAUGACUUGCAGAAGGAAAUACGGCGGAAGAUGGUGCAGCGCCACAACGACACAACACGGCACCUACGCGAGGAGCUGCGGCAGGCCUUGGAAGACGAUCGGAGGGAAAAACUGGAGCGCAUGCGGCAGAUUAAGGACGAGGACGAGAAGUACCGCAGCGCCUACAGGGCCAUUAUGGCUGCGGCGUGCAAUGACCUUCGUACCGCGAAGGAUCUCAUGAUGGAACGCACCCGACAGCUGGCGGAGUAUCAUUCACACUCGCUGCGUGAGAGCCGUCGCAUGUGCGACUACAUGAAGCGGGAGAGCAAGGAGCGGAUGCGGCACGAUCUUCUUCGCUAUGCGAGUACUGUAACAGGGUGGCAGUCGCACUUUGUUAGUUAG